AUGGCGGCGCUCCUAGCCCGGCAGGCAGCGAUGGCCCUCCGCGCUAGGCAGACGGCGCGUCUCGGCCCGUCCGCGACGGCGAUGCAGGGCCACCUCCGGACCUACAUGGACGCGGGGGCGCCCAAGAGGUUCAAAGAGGACGAGGAGAAAGAACAGCUUGCGAAAGAGCUCGCCAAAGAUUGGAGUGCUGUGUUUGAAAGGAGUAUCAAUACAUUGUUUUUGACUGAAAUGGUCCGUGGUUUGAUGCUGACGCUCAAGUACUUCUUCGAGAGGAAAGUUACAAUUAACUAUCCAUUUGAGAAGGGCCCUUUGAGCCCCCGUUUCCGAGGGGAGCAUGCUCUCAGACGUUAUGAUACUGGGGAAGAGCGUUGCAUUGCCUGUAAACUCUGUGAAGCUAUAUGCCCAGCCCAGGCAAUUACUAUUGAGGCAGAAGAACGUGAAGAUGGCAGUCGCCGAACCACAAGAUACGAUAUUGACAUGACCAAAUGCAUCUACUGCGGGUUCUGCCAGGAAGCUUGCCCUGUCGAUGCUAUUGUCGAAGGCCCUAACUUUGAGUUCUCUACUGAAACUCACGAGGAGCUGCUGUACGACAAGGAGAAACUGCUCGAGAACGGCGACCGCUGGGAGACCGAGAUUGCUGAGAACUUGAAGUCUGAGGCCCUUUACCGUUGA